AACGGGACUUUUAUUUUGGUCUGGUUAUGUGACGUCAUCAGACUGUGCCGCGCUUCAGCAUCUGUUGUGAUUCUGAUAAAGAAAGUACAAAUACACAGAAAAACUCCUGGUGGAGUGACUGAGAUCCACGUGACACACUCACAAGAGGAGAGUGAAAACAUGAAGAUUGUAGAAAUAUUUAGUGUGAAACGAGAAGAAACUGAGGAACAAACAAAGAUGGCGUUUAUUAAAGAGGAGAGUGAAGACAUAAGGAUUGAAGAAACAUUCAGUGUGAAACAUGAAGAUACCGAGGAACAAACACAGAUGGCAUUUAGUAAAGAGGAGACUGAAGACAUCAGGAUUGAAGAAACAUUCAGUGUGAAACAAGAAGAAACUAAAGAACAAACAGCUGCUGUUGGGAGAAAGAGGAAGGCAUCUAAAGAAAAUCAUCAAAGGGAGAAGACCAAACGGGCAAGGCAUUCAGGGGAGGGAAAACAUCCAAAGAUUAAUUGUGGUCAUCGUGCGACUGCGAGUAAUGUUGGUCUGUGUCAUGCCAACAAACUGUCAGAUGAAGAUGUAGCCUUCAACUUCACAAAAAUGUAUAAAAACACUACAAAAGUGGACCAGGAUAAAAUAAUCCUCCAUCUGUCAACAAUAAACAAAUGCAGCAGGGAACGGGUCUCCGCUGAUGUCAAGAAGAAAGCCAGGCAGGUUGCAGUGAAAUACUGCCUUUUGUCCUGCGCUCCUCCCCAUCACAAGAUACCUGUCUGCAAGGCUACAUUUCUAAGUGUCCUUGGUGUUAGUAAAGACAGAGUCUCCAGAGUGGUGAAAUACUUCAGUCUACAUGGUGAAGCCAGACCAGAGUUCAGGGGUGGGAGCAGAAAUGUUGAUGAGAAGAUGGAGAACAGACGGGCAGUAGUUCAGCAUGUGUCCUCAUUUAUGUGCAAGGCCAGCCACUACCCUCAUCGUGGUGUACCUGGACGGAAGUACCUCCCAAGUGACAUGUCGGUAACCAAAAUGCACCAGCUGUACCAGGAGCAGAGCCACAGGGACAUCAGCUACUCCCUGUAUUACAAUGUUUUCUGCACCUCAUUCAACUUGGGAUUUGGGCAUCCAGCAAAGGACUGCUGUGCCACCUGUAUGAGCUCGAGACUCCGUAUGAAAGAUCCUCACCUUACUGAGGAAGAGAGGAAGGCAGAGAUCGUAUCUGCCAUGCUCCACCGACGCAGAACCCGGGUUUUCUACACUUUGUUAAAUGCAGUGGGGGACACAGUUACUGUCUGCUUUGACAUGAUGCAGAACCUCUCUCUGCCCAAGUCUCCCAUUGGCCAGACCUACUACUCUAGACAGCUUUACAUGUAUGUGUUUGGUGUUGUGGUCCACCACGGAGAGAGGAGUCGGCAGGCACUGAGUGACCGUCAUCUCUACGUGUGGCUUGAAAAUCAAAAUAGAAAAGACAGCAACAUGACCGCCUCUGCCUUGGACCAUUGCCUGAGAACCAUUCUAGCCGAAGAUGUCCAACAGGCUGGCCAUUUGAGGCUCUUCAGCGAUUCCUGCUAUGGACAAAACAAGCACAGUACCAUGGUGGGAAUGCUGUCCAGCCUACGAAGCACUGUCUUUAAAGAUGUGAAAAUGGAGUGGUUCUUCCCUGUCAGUGGCCAUAGUUUUCUCCCUGUUGACAGAGUUUUUGGAAGAAUUGAGCAGGAUAUUCGUAAGCAGGACACCAUCCUCCUGCCAGACAAAUACACCAACAUCCUGAAGAAGCACGGCUCUGUGUAUGUGUACGGGAAGGACUGGGAGAGCUUUGACCACAAAGCUGCAGCCAAGGCUCUCAUGCAGUCCACGCAGUCUUACAAGAUCAGCGAAGCCCAGGUGCUGGAGAUCGAUGGCAAAGGGUUGGGGGUGAGAACCACCUUCAGCGGUCCCACCUACCAGCACACUCUCCUGAAGAGAGGCAACAACUGGGGCCAGUAUAAAGCAGAUCCCCUGCCCAUGAUGACCACAGUGAAGGCUGUGAAGAAGAAGGACAUCAUCAGCCUGCUUAAAGCCAUUGGUGCCCCAGCAAAUGUCGAGGCCUUCUACAAUCACGCGUUGGCUGUGACCAGUGAUGUCACAGCUGGCAUCUGACACACUGGCAUCUGAAGCCCAUGUGACACUCAAGAAAACACACACAAAACAUUGAUUCGCUAGCUUUUCUUAAUGGUAUUACAGUAAAAGAAUAUAGCCUAAGGUGGAUAUAUAUAGCGUUUUGCAAAAAAAAA